AUGUCGGGCCGGAGCGGGAAGAAGAAAAUGUCCAAGCUGUCACGUUCAGCCAGGGCCGGGGUCAUCUUCCCGGUGGGUAGGCUGAUGCGGUACCUGAAGAAAGGGACGUUCAAGUACCGGAUCAGCGUGGGUGCUCCCGUCUACAUGGCCGCAGUCAUCGAGUACCUGGCAGCGGAAAUUCUAGAAUUGGCUGGGAAUGCAGCAAGGGACAACAAGAAGGCCCGGAUAGCCCCAAGACACAUCCUGCUGGCUGUUGCCAAUGACGAGGAGCUCAACCAGCUGCUAAAAGGAGUCACCAUCGCCAGCGGAGGCGUCCUGCCCAGAAUCCACCCUGAACUGCUGGCCAAAAAGCGAGGGACCAAAGGCAAGUCAGAAACCAUCCUCUCCCCUCCCCCAGAGAAAAGAGGAAGGAAGGCCACGUCAGGAAAGAAGGGGGGAAAGAAAUCGAAGGCUGCCAAACCACGGACAUCCAAAAAGUCCAAACCAAAGGACAGCGAUAAAGAAGGGACUUCAAAUUCCACCUCUGAAGACGGGCCAGGGGAUGGAUUCACUAUCCUGUCUUCUAAGAGCCUUGUGCUAGGGCAGAAGCUGUCCUUGACCCAGAGUGACAUCAGCCAUAUUGGCUCCAUGAAAGUGGAGGGCAUCGUCCACCCAACCACAGCCGAAAUUGACCUCAAGGAAGAUAUAGGUAAGGCCUUGGAAAAGGCUGGGGGCAAGGAGUUCUUGGAAACAGUAAAGGAGCUUCGCAAGUCCCAGGGCCCUUUGGAAGUAGCUGAAGCUGCCGUCAGCCAGUCGAGCGGACUUGCAGCCAAAUUUGUCAUCCACUGUCACAUUCCUCAGUGGGGCUCUGACAAAUGUGAAGAGCAGCUUGAAGAGACCAUCAAAAAUUGCCUCUCGGCAGCAGAGGACAAGAAGCUGAAGUCGGUGGCGUUCCCGCCCUUCCCCAGCGGCAGAAACUGCUUCCCCAAACAGACGGCAGCCCAGGUGACCCUCAAAGCCAUCUCGGCCCACUUUGAUGACUCAAGUGCAUCCUCACUGAAGAACGUCUACUUCCUCCUCUUCGACAGCGAGAGCAUCGGCAUCUACGUACAGGAGAUGGCCAAGCUUGAUGCCAAGUAG